AUGUUUUCUUCAACAGAAGACCGGAAAGUGUUUGUGAAGACCUUGAGUCGCAUGAUCUUGGAAACAAAACAGAGUUUCCCAGUGAAGAUCAUUGUCGAUACCCAGCCUGCGCAGGAAACUCAAAUCUUUGCCUUAAAGAACUUCUUGAGCAAAAACGUAUGUUUUUGGGAAGUAGGACCGUCUGAAAUUGAAAUCAGGGUAAAUCAGCGCGACAAGACAGAGACGCUUUUGCGAUAUCUUUCCGAACACGAAUGGGAGUUCCUGGCUGACUACACGGACGUCGACGAAAACCCAGCGGUGAUUCUAGCCACAAAUAUAUCCCGAAGUGCCUCGUUGGAAAAGUUAACCAUUGCCCUCAAUUCAUUUUGUCCAUACCUGUCUCUUCUCGAAGCAGACUUUACAGACGAAUCCUCUCAUUCUGUACAUCUCCGCUUCAACAAUUUCUUGGACGUGGAGGCUCUUCGAGACAAAAGAGACAUCAUUGGAUUCUGCGAUGAUCCAAAAGAGGCCCUAGUAUUUGAAAAGUGCGAAUCAGAAAGCCUGCCAAAAUUCCUUCCGCUGAGCCAAAGUACGGCGCCAGGCUUGGAUGCAAUCGCCCUAGAGAAUGCCGAAGAAGUCUUUCCGGCUCUGCUCACCUUGGAAGAGAUAAAAACUAUCGUUUCUAAGUUCGAGCUUUUCGGCACUGUCGACUCUCUCUGCUUUCCUAUCAAACGGCACAACGAGUCAGACUUCGGAGUAGAAAAAACAGCUUUUGUGGGCUUUUCUCAUACAUCUCCUGGGAAAGCAAAAGUUCUUGAAUGUCUCUAUUAUCUUGGUGACUUAACCUUUAAAGAGCUUUUGGAGUUUAGUCCAGAUUCGAUUAAAGACCCGUCUGAAAUGUUCGCUGUAAAGGACAAAGAUGAGACAGAUGCAAGCCAACCCAGAAUCAAAUUAUCUAUUGUUCAAAAAAAACAUGGCCACCAAUUAUCCAAGAGCAUAGCCUUCAACUUCAUCACCCUUGGCGAGGCAGAUUCCACAGACCUAGUAAUCCGAGACGAAAAAGAUUCCGAGAUUACAAGCAAUAUUUACAAUCGCUUUUUGAAAUCAAACAAUUACCAAGAGACAAAUGUCUACGUCAAUAAUCUCCCAGUUCUUUUUCAAAACGAUGACGACCUCUGGAAUCAAUUCUGGAAUCAAUUUGGUUGUGACGGAAUCAAUUCUGCGAAAAUCAUCAAGCCCCAAUUCUACACCAAGAAACACACCGAGACCGUUGGAAAAAUCGGUUUUGUGUUUUAUAAGGAAUUCAAAAUGGCACUCAGAGCCAUCAUUAUGACUAACGACCGUGAGAUCUAUUACCCUGGCUCACCACCAAUAUUAAUACAAACCUCUUUUGCAAUACAAAAGAAAAAUAACUCUUGGAGUUCUUCCAAAUACAUUCAGAAUAAGAGUGGAUUAACGAAAGAGCUUGCGGGUGACGCUUUCAUUAACAAUCUGGUUCGACCAAUGAUGAAAAGAGCCAGUUUACCAGCCAUUCACAGUAACGAAUACUCGAGCUACGCUCUAAUGGGGCCCGAGCCUAUACAAGCGUACAUGUAUCCUCCUUAUGAUCCAUUUAUAUUUAAUCCCUAUUAUUUACAUAUUCCUGGCUAUGGCAUGGAGGGAAUGCAAGGGCAGCCGCCAACAGGUUCGCCGCUGUCAUCCCCACGGAGCCACAUGGGUGCAUCGCCCAUGCCACCAGGUAUGAAUGGGGCAUUUCCGCCGCCAUAUGCCUACAUGAUGCAGUUCUAUCCAUAUUCACCGCCGAUGCCUAUGGAGGGAAGUCCCUUGUAUUUUGGAACUCAAGAGGAACACGAGACCGACAGUGAGGCAGUUCUUCAACCCAACAAAAAGAUCAGCAGUGCCGAGAAACGCCGCAACGGUUCUGCUUAG